AUGAGGGGAGUCAUGCCACUGGUCCCCGUCCUCGGAUUUGGAAACCCACGCACUGCGCAUCCUCUCUGUGCACAUACCGCGCAUUUGGCAUUCCACAGCAGUCCUGUAAGGUACCUUUGGCGCCCCCAAGGAGGCAUCCACUGUCCUCAGUAA